ACACCUCCAGACUCAGUGGAUGCCUCUGUACACACAGCCAGGACACGGGGACUCAGUCAAAUACUUUCACAAGGCACGUGGCAAGUAUUACGACAAAAGGGGGACUGACCAGAGCCUCACAGACAUGAGUGAUGCAGUCACCCACUCUCUUCUCAGCCGCAGCCAGAGAGGCCUGUGUCAACAGCAGUCUACCCAUCAGUUUCUCUGUCUCCUAAUACCUGCAGACAUACACCAACAGUGACACCAAGAUACCGUUGGUGUGACUUAAU